CUGGCAUAGCACAGCUAUUGAGGUAGUACAGUCAGUGUGUUAGGAAGAGAGUCAGUCUGCUCUGAGCUCUCAGGCUGUGCACAGCCUGCUCCCAGCACUGAAAGGAUAGCCACUUACACCUAGGACACUGGCACAUGCUGGCACCCACACUGCUGCACACCUUGGGGAUGAUCUGGCUGCUAUCACCAAUACCUUAGAUCAGCAGAAGAUUCAGGGAAAGGAUUAUCCAGUAUUUUUAUUUCCUGUGGGAUUUAUUUUUAUCCUUUGAGCAAGAAUGAGAAUGGCAGAGGAUUCGUCUGGAACGGUUCUACACCGUCUAAUUCAAGAGCAACUGAGAUAUGGGAAUCUUAGUGAGAAUCGCACAUUGUUGGCCAUCCAACAACAGGCUUUGAGGGGAGGUGGGGGCAAUGGAAGCCCUAGGUCGUCCCUAGAAAGCCUUGAACAAGAGGAGAUGCAGGGCAGCCCUUCCACAAGGCAGGAACCUCAAGGGCAGGAGUACCACUGUGACCAUUUCUACUUGGAGAACCCUAUGUAUAAAGCUUACGAAUUCCAACAUAAAGGUGAGGAGCUCCCAACCUAUGAACAAGCCAAAGCUGCCCUUUCUCAAUAUUAUGCAGCUCAGAAUGUCCAGAAUGUUGAACAUGUUCCUCAAAGGCAAGACCAGUCCCUCAUGGAGCUGAAACAUGGCCAUGUAAGGUCUCUCAGCGAGAGGUUGCUGCAGAUGUCUCUUGAACGCAAUGGCGCCAAGUCUCAAAACUUCAUGAGCUCCUCACACAGCUUCCCUCAACUUUCUAAACAGUAUCAGCUUUCAGUAGCUCGUGGACAACAAGAUGUAGGAGUGCACUACAGAAAUGCUCCACCUGAGUAUCCUACUUACAGCCAACCUGACCAGAUCAGUGGGUAUGCAACUGAACAAAGGCAAUAUUCUGGAAAUCUCCCAUUAUACCAUCAGCCUGAUGUCAGGACCAUGCCAGAUCCCAACGUACAAUAUGGCCAUAUGGCGUCCUUUAACGCAGCCGGUAGUCACAUGGCUCGCAUGGACGCUUUGCUGCGAGAAAACGAAAAGUUGCGCAGGGAACUUGAGACUUACAGCGAAAAAGCAGUCAGAAUCCAGAAGCUGGAGACAGAAAUUCAGAGAAUCUCCGAAGCCUAUGAUAGCCUCAUGAAAGCAUCCUCUAAGAGGGAAUCACUUGAGACCGCCAUGAGGACCAAGAUGGAAGGAGAGAUGAGACGCAUGCAAGACUUUAACCGUGACCUGAGAGAACGGUUGGAAUCUGCAAACAAACAACUGGCAGCCAGAAGCCUGGAGAACCGAGAGGACAACCAAGGGGCAGUAUCCAAGCUGCUUGCUCAGUGUCGAGAACAGCAGCAAGAGAAAGAGAAGCUGGAGAGAGAGAUCAGUCUCCUGCGUAGUGCUAACGAGGACCAGCGGAGGAGAGCAGAGCUACUGGAAAAAGCCCUCAGUAAUGCCCAGUCCACAGCAGCUCGCACAGAAGAUGAGCUCCGCAAGAAAAGGGCAUAUGUGGAAAAGGUGGAGAGGCUACAACAAGCUUUAAGCCAGCUCCAAGCUGCCUGUGAAAAGAGAGAACAACUGGAAUUGCGCCUGAGGACAAGGCUGGAACAGGAGUUGAAAAAUUUAAGGGCUCAGCAGAGACAACCAUUGUUGAAGAAUGGAACUCAAUCACCUGAACUUUCUGUCCAAGUACUGUCCGAACAGCUGAGGGAAAAAGAGGAACGGAUAUUGGCACUGGAGGCCGACAUGACCAAGUGGGAGCAGAAGUACUUAGAAGAACGUACUAUGCGCCAGUUUGCAAUGGACGCUGCUGCCACUGCUGCUGCUCAGCGAGAUACCACCAUCAUCAAUCACUCACCUCGCCACUCACCAAACAAUAGCUUCAAUGAGGAUCUCCUAAUGGUCAACCAUAGGCACCAAGAAAUGGAGAACAGAAUCAAAGCUCUUCAUGGCCAGAUACUAGAGAAAGAUGCAGUCAUCAAGGUCUUGCAGCAGCGUAAACCCCACCAAGGCCCAUUGCGACCGGCUAAGUCUGUGCCCUCAAUUUUCACACUAUCUGUAUCAACUCCAAACUCGUCCGCUGGACGAGUCAACCAGUGCCAAGUGGAAGCAGUCUGCCAGUCAAACUCUUCGCCCCCUGCCAAUGCUAGCAUCUUACCUGUGCACUUAAAACAUGGCAGUAAAGAUGGCAGCACCCAGACAGAUUGUUCAACUGAACUACCAGCUGUAACAGACUACCUUCUGGACAAGAACACAUCUUCAUCGGAAGCUGUGUCUACUGCAAAAAGUUCCAACAUGUCCGAAAUGGUAGAAAUCCUCAUCUGAGCUACUUACUCCCUGGGGAUAACACCCAGGUGUUGAGAAAGUCUUACGUGACCAGGAACCAAAGCUGGUCGAUCAACUGUAGUCUACUGGGAAUGAAUCUCAUGUUCAGUCUACAAGGCUGUCUUAACCACCAGAACAAGGUGUGUUAAGCUUGGAAGCUUCGAACUAAAAUCUAGAUGGACCUUAGAGAUGAGUGAGCACUGACUGCUGAGAAAUCAAGAAGAUUCGAGAAAAACCUCCCUGGAGUUGAAGACUCUUACCAGCUUCAAUUAAUGUGACAUAAUGUCUGAUCUUUUGGAAUUGCAACUCAACCACAAAGCUUUGAUUCAUGUGGAAAUAGACUCUGGAAAGGGGAGAUGAAUAAAGUCAACUUUUGUUUUUAUGUGGAAACAGACUCUGGGAAGGGGAGAUGAAUAAAGUCUACUUUUGGCUUUCGAGAGCCAAGGGCCAAUCCCUGUUGCUGCUAGAAAUACCUCCAAAAAUGUAGGGGUUUGAAGUGGUUUAAAGUUGUCGGACUCUUGUCCCGAACAUUUGUCAUGUAAAUACUUAUUUGUCUAUUUUUAUUUCCUUCUUCUGUUGAUUCUCAGUAUUUAUACAUCUACGUUCCUGUCUUUUUCAAAGACCUUCAAUGAUCUACUCUGAUUGGUAUUCUACCAAGAUGCAAGGGUCAAUACAUGAGCUGAGGCUCAUACGUUGAUACUUGCUCACACAGGUAGAAGCCAAAUACUAUUCCUUGUACAUCUCCACUAGAUCAUAUAUUGUAUUUAUUGUAUAUUUGAAACCCCCUCCCCCACCCCGAGCCUUCUUUUUCUUGCCGGACUGCUGUUGCUGGUCAGCAGUGGCCAUUUUUAAUUUCUAUUCUUGUAUAUUGUUUACAGAAUUAGAUCAUAAGAAAAUUGCUCAAAACGCAAUUUACUAAAGAUUUUUCUAGAAAUUGCCCCCUCCUACACCCCUCUGGCAUCAGAAUGGGUUACAAAU